AUGACGGAAUGGACACAAGACAAAGUUUUACAGAUGAUAGAAAUGUAUCGGAAUCGUUCCAACUUAUGGGACUGUCGCGAUAAAACUUAUAAAGACAGAAAUAAGAGGCACGAUGCAUUAACAGAAAUAGCGGUGUGUUUCGGAGAAUCGAAAGAGGAAAUAGAUAGGAAAAUUAAAAGUCUAUUAAGCCAUUUUUCAAGAGAACUGAAAAGAGAAGAAAAAAGUUUGAAGUCUGGUGCUAGCACCGAUGAAGUACCUAUACAAGUCGAAGUGGUUAACAAUAGUUCAAAGGAGAAAAUUUGCAAUGAUGUUUUUCAAGAAGAAUGCAGCACUUCUGCAGUUUCCAUUGUGGAAGAGCAGUCUGCUGAGAAAACACCUGAAAACGCAACAUAUGCUCUAUCUACAAAUAAAAUAUCAACCAGGAAAAAGAAAGCUGACAACGAGGUGAAGGAAGCGUACAAUAUAAUGAAGGAAAUGUAUAGGAAUAGAAGUCCGAGGGAUGAGUACACCCUACUUGGAGAACAAGUUGCCAUCAAAGUUAGGCAAUUACCCAGUGCCCAUGCACGAAUAAUGGUCCAGCAUAUCAUUAAUACCACAUUAUUCGAGGCAAAACUGGGAGAAUAUGACAAUCCACCCAUUUAA